AUGCCAAAAAAUAGGCCAUCGCAGCAAAAACGAAACGAAGCGAAAUACGCAGAGUUGGCCCAAUCACGAAACGAAAUGGAAUUGCAAAAGCACGAAAAUGCCAAGGCUGUAGCAGAUAAUGAUGAUCUCGAUUUUGGAGCCAAGAUUGAUCAAUUGGCCAAGAUUAGAGGGUGGUUCUCUGGUAGCACAACAACCCUUGAUCAAUACCUGGUUGGAACCUUGACUCUUGCACAGACAGUAGACAAUAUCGGGAAACCGAUAGAUGAAGCCUACUCGACUGCUGAUUUCGGUCGACAAUAUUUCGAGCAAGAGAGUUGCGCUCGAACACAACGCGGGUUUUACACUCCCGAGAAAGCCCUUGAGCUUUGGGGUCCGGAAGAGGAAUACCCAGAGCCUCAAGGAGAGCUUGAUCCAGCGAAGUCCACUGAAGCCCAAUUGUGGCAACUGUGGCUUUCGAUCCUUCAUGCAUCGAAACGUAUUCCCUAUUCAGAUGAAGAGCAACAGCAGAAGCUAGUUGAUCUAGUCAAAGCCUUCAAAGCGCGUCCCAAUCCACCGCCACCUGAACCCAUGACCGUCCCACUGAAAAGAAGUUGGAUCUGGGAGUCUGACAAACUGUGGACGGAUUUGUUAGUCCUUGGUAUCUCAGUAUCAGAGACGUUCAACGAUGUGUGUGGCUGCGGAGCUGCCUGGUUGUGGGCAGAACAACGAGCAUGCGAAAAUCUCUUCGCCUUCAUGGCUCGACUCACUUCGAACGGAAUCGAUCUCUCCAGGAUCGGAGUCUCAUGUGUCACUGCGCUGGAGCGAAAUCCGUCUCCAGGAUACAGGCCAUUCCCCGCGCCGCCUGUCAGUGAAGUACUGAGUUAUGAUGUGACGUGUGCGGCGCUCUGGACUAUCAUGGCUGGCAAGGAGGUCUUUGGUAAAUAUCCAGAUACUCGUGACGAAAGAGAUAUACAAGUGGUGGACAAAAUUAUCGCGUUAAGGGACAACGAUUUGCCGUGGAACAGGUCUUUGAAGAAAUACAAGGGACGAGCGCGCUGGGAAACUGCACGGAAGGAAUUUGCUCGAAGAAGAUUUGAAGAGGAAUCAUCGAACAAGGAUUUAUCGGUUGACGCUCGUGAGUUGGCUGCGAAAGCUGCACAGGCUAUCGUUCCAUUAAUUUGGCUUAAUGGACAGAAGGCCGAGUAA